AGGCUGGAACCCCUGGCUGGGUACACGUGUCCUCCACCACUUUGUCCCCUGCCUCGUGCCGUGUCGGGCCGUGCCACCGACGUGAGCACGCGUCACGGUGCUCGAGCAGAACGAUGCAGCCCCUCCGUCCCCCUCCCACUCCAAACACUCCUUUAAGCCCGGAACGGCGAUGACCAGCCUGAUCCCUCCCACCUGCCUGCUCCCCCUGGCCUGGCCCUGACGUCAGGGAAGGCGUGCGGAUGCGUGUGUGCAGGCUGCACAUCAUACACACAUCAGGCACCGCAGAGACAUCGGGAGGCAGCCGGCAGCCGGCAGUGGAGAAGCCCCCGGAGCCGGGCUACAUGCGAGAGCUCUGCUCCUCGCCGGGCAGCAGAGGAGCGCUCCUCCGUCCCCACCGUGCGCUGAUGCUCUGCGAGCCGCAGCUCCAGGGAGCCCCUCAUUGCUAAGGAGCUUGGUGAAGCAGCCCCCCCCCCACCUGCUGCACCCCACGCCCGGCCCCGAGACGGAGGACCCCACAGACCCCACCAUGUCAUCGGAGCCUGGCGCCCCGCCGGCAGUGCCACCUCUGCACUCUCCUAAGUCCCCGGUCUGGCCCACCUUCCCCUUCCAGCGCGAGGGCAGCCGUGUCUGGGAGCGGGGCAACCUCCUGCUGCGGGACCUGCCCAGCCCACUGCCCACUAAGAGGACCAGGACCUACUCUGCGACGGCACGUGCUUCUGCUGGGCCCAUCUACAAGGGUGUCUGCAAGCAGUUCUCCCGCUCACAGGGCCAUGGGUUCAUCACUCCAGAGAACGGCACAGAAGACAUUUUUGUCCAUGUGUCUGACAUCGAGGGGGAGUAUGUCCCGGUAGAGGGGGAUGAGGUGACGUACAAGGUCUGCCCCAUCCCUCCCAAGAACCAGAAGUUCCAGGCAGUGGAGGUGGUGCUCACCAACCUGGCACCCCAUACGAAGCAUGAGACGUGGUCUGGGCAGAUCAUCGGCUCCUAGGUGCCUGGGGGGCCUGAUGGCCGCUCGCAGAAAGCUUGGGGAAGGCCAGGCUGGCGAAGAGGCUGGGGCCACCCCCCAGCACGCAGAUGUUGGCGUUCGGUGUCUUUUCUAAGGUUACAGUUUCCUUUUUCUGUGUGUGUUUGUACUUGUCUUUCGAGGGGGAUGGGGAAAGCAGAGUCCUCCCCACUGACCCCCCAGCUCCUGGGGUAGCACUGAGUCCCACGUCUUUGAGUCCAAGGGGAGCAGGAGGACUGAUCCUGCCCCCAUCCCACUGCAGCCUGGGGACUAUGGGGGGCUUGUCCCGGCCUCCCCAGCCCUGCUGAGGCCAGAUGGGCAAAUCACUGUGCUGGGAGGGGACAGCUCAGCCCCUUCCGCCCCCAUCACCCCAGCCCCCCUGGAGCCCCAUCCCCUGUGUGCCUGUAUGUGUGCGUGUAUAUCCGUAGGUCACCGUGGGGCUGAAGGGUUUGGUGAUCUCCCUCUGCUCAUGAUCCACACCGACACCUCCCGCCCCUUCGGUGUAGACAGGGUCUCGUAUAUAAAGCACAAAUUUGUUCUCAGUCCUCUCCGCCAUAUCCUGGCCAGGUGGGCUCCUGCGGCCUUGGGGACGAGGAAGGGGCAUGUGGGGGUUGUGGGAUGUGGACGUAGGGAUGGCCCCAUGCCAUGCCCCAGGCAGUCAGCUGGCCAAGACAAACUGUUGGAUUUUUUAUUUUCUUUUUCUUUUUUAUUAAUUUUUUUUGGGGGGGAAAUAAACUAAAAUCCUAGAAUUGUUGGUGUUUUUACAACUCUGGUGUGGUUCCUGCCUGUCUGACCUUGUGUCGACCUUUGUAACAUUGGCAAUAAACCAUUAAAAGUGACUUUCCCAUGA